CACGUUACGAAACAAGCAGUUUCGGUAAACAUCGUCAUUUUCCGUGAACGGUUAAGGAUGGAGGAAGAGGGACGCAGGCUUCUCGAAGAGGGAAUAAGAAAGAAAGUGAUAAGUCCCGGAAAAGGAGACCUGUCGACCUUCCCUAAUGGAACCAAGGUCGUCUUCCAUUAUCGCACCAGCCUCUGCGACGGCACAGUACUGGAUGACUCCAGAUCCAUGGGCGGCCGCAGCAAACCCUUGGAGCUCAUCAUGGGCAAGAAGUUCAAACUGGCUGUGUGGGAAAGAAUAGUAAUCACCAUGAGGAAAGGCGAGGUCGCAGAAUUUACCUGCGACACCAAGCACACGGCGCUAUACCCACUCGUGUCCCAGUCCUUGAGAAACAUAAGUGUUGGUAAAGACCCUCUGGAGGGCCAGAGGCACUGCUGUGGUAUCGCUCAGAUCCACUCCCACCACUCCUUAGGGCACAAAGAUCUGGAUCACCUUCAGGCUAACCCACAGCCUCUACUGUUUGCCAUCGAGCUGCUGGAGGUCCUCCCUCCCGGCUCCUUCCAGCUGGACAUGUGGGCCAUGACUGACAAAGAGAAGCUGGACUCUGUGCCUCAUAUCCAUGAAGAGGGAAACUCGCUGUUUAAACAGGGCAAAAUUAAGGAGGCUACAGAGAAAUACUACAAUGCCAUUGCCUGCCUCAAAAACUUGCAGAUGAAGGAGCAUCCUGGAGAUGAAAACUGGGUGCAGCUGGACCAAAUGAUCACACCGCUGCUGCUCAACUACUGUCAGUGCCUGCUGCUUCAGGGCCAGUACUACGAAGUCAUCGAGCACUGCUCCUCCCUGGUCUUUAAAUAUGAAGAUAACGUGAAGGCCUUCUACAAGCGGGGAAAGGCUCACGCUGCAGUGUGGAACGAGAAGGAGGCUCGGGCAGACUUCGCUAAAGUCUUGGAAUUGGACCCAUCUCUGGAAGCGUCGGUCAACAAGGAGGUGAAAGCCAUGGAGGAGAAACUGCGCUCCAAGCAGGCGGAGGAGAAGGGUCGCUACAAAGGCCUGUUUGACUACAAAGCGAUGCCAGCUGCAGCCACUACAGGCUGAACCCUGACACUGAUCGAGAAGAGGAUGCCAGUGGAUUGAGAUGGAACAGCAGGAGAGCGGUCCUGCUGUUUUAGUUUUGUCUGUGCACUUCAGCCAAACAUGUCGCCAAUUUGCUCCUCUUCAGGUUCACACACAGGCACCGGAAGCAUUUUUAGCCGUACUCCUCUGAAUUCACGCUGCGUAAAUGUGAAGCCGUGGCUCUGUUUGGAGUGUCUGUAAUUUCCUGCGGAGUGGCUAAUUCAAUGCUGCAUAUCUUUCAUUUUAAGGGAACACCUUAUUUAUUUAUUAGAAAGCCAUUAACUGAUUCAGAAAUGUUUUAGUUAAGGAUUUGCUCCAGGUGAUGAGCAUUCAGAUUGUAAACCUUAACCUUUUUUCCCCCCGUUUCUCCAGAAACUAAUAUUUUUUAUAGAAUAAGACAUCUUCCCCAGCAUUUUCACCAAGUAUGUCAAGCAGAGACCCUUUUAUGUCAUUGUCAGUAUCUCCAAUCCUGUUAGAUAAACUUUGUAAUAAUUGCUCACAAUUAGUAAAUUGUAACUUCAUACAGAUGCUCCUUUUCAGUUUUGCUUAUAUGCACACACCUUAAAGUCUAACUACUCAAGCACUAAGUUCUUGUAGAAGAGACUGGACCUUAAGCCUCACUGGUUUGUGACAAUCACUAAAUUGAAAUUAUCUCCUAUAUACUUAUUUCAUGUAUUGAAUUAAAAUAUUUACAUUUAGUUGUGCUCUUGAUGUAUUCAGCAGACACUCAGCAUCUUUGCUUUGUCAGCUGCUUUGGAGAAGAUGUGCUUUUCUGAACUGUUAACAAGGUGGUGAUAAUGUAACUGUAAAUAAAUUUGCAUUUAAUCCCCAA